UUUUGAUUAGGACCUGGCAACCCUGAUUCAGAGUCCAAGAUAAGGAUAAUCAUGGCGGCGCAAACCCGGGCGCUUGUUUCAGCCAAAUGGCUUGCAGAUGCGAUAAAAAGCAACCUUAUUGGACCGAAUCUUCGAAUUCUGGAUACGUCCUGGUAUCUAGCGAAAUUAAAACGCGAUGCAAAUGCGGAAUUUAACCAACAGCACAUACCUGGAACUUCGUUCUUUGAUAUUGACAAAUGCUCUGACAAAACUUCCUCGAUUGACCAUAUACUCCCAACUGCAAACUACUUUGCAGAGUAUGUAGGGGGUUUAGGUAUAGGAAACGAUACACAUGUAGUAGUGUACGAUACCAGCGAUUUUGGGUCAUACAGCGCACCCCGAGUGUGGUGGAUGUUCCGAUUAUUUGGGCACAAUUCUGUAUCGGUCCUGGACGGGGGUAUGAAGAACUGGCUGGCCGAAGGGCAUCCGGUCACUGCAGAAUACACCAAGCCAGAACGUGCGGACUUCAAGGCGACCGCCAAUCAUUCUUGGGUCAAGUCGUAUGAAGAUGUGCUGAAAAACAUCGAGACGAAACAGGUGCAAGUGAUUGACGCAAGAUCCGCCGGCAGGUUCCGGGGAACCGAACCAGAACCAAGAGAUGACAUUGAACCUGGCCACAUUCCUGGUACUAUCAACAUGCCUUUUGCCAAGUUCAUGGAUGCCUCAGGCAAGGAGUUGGAGCUUGAAGUGCUGGCAAAAAUGUUCCAGGAGUCAGGGGUGGACUUGGAGAAACCUUUCUGGGUAACCUGUGGGUCAGGGGUCACUGCAUGCCACGUGGUUCUGGCUGCUCACCUGCUGGGACAUUCAGGGUCAGUGUCUGUGUAUGACGGGUCAUGGUCUGAAUGGUUCAAAAGGGCUGCCCCGGAGCAUGUCAUCUCUGAGGGAAAGGGGAAGCAAGUGUGAUGUGGAGAGACGAGUAGAGAUGAGCAUUAAGGAAAAUACUGUUGAAUGAGUUGCUGAUUAAAAGCAGGGAGGGGACACUAUGAAUCACAAAGGAAGCUACAGAUUCCACAAAAUAUGGAGGUUUUUACUGAUUUUGACUGAAGAUUUUUGCUGAGUUGGAUGAAUGUGUCAUUGCGAAAGAGGUCACCGUUCAAGAGUCCAUGAAUACAGUAUGCCUAUGUUUAUAUUCAAGAUGUCCAAUAAAGGUGUUACAAACUAUGCUAUUUUAAUCUAUUAAUAAAGAUUAGAAGGAUGGAAUGUUUGAGGUAUUUGGGUUAGAAUUGGACUAUGGUUGUUGUAUGUAUGCUCCUACUUAGGGGAUUGCAGCCUGGCAACAUUGUCUUGUAGAUGUUGCCACUGCCAGACAUUUUCCAAGGGGCUUUUAAAAUAAUGAAACUUGCUCUUAAUGCACCAUGAAAAUGUAAGGAAAAUAUAAUUUUCAUGUAGUUGUAGUUGCCUUGGUGUGACCUUAUGAGAUGUAGACCCACGAAAUGUCAAGGGAUUUUUCUUAGUGCAGUUCGGUUUUAGUAUUAACAGAAGUUUCUGUCAGUUUGAUUGCAGGAUGUCACUUUUUGUUUAAUUUGUACAAUAAAAAUAUGCCAUCUACUGUA